GUCACCGCCCGCUGCUCCCCCUCUUCUUGUCCCUCCCCUCCCUCCCCUCCCUAGCUCUUCUCUUCCCGUCUGAGGUGGCGGCCUGCUUCACCCUCUCGUCAGCUCCAUUUUACCUCGUUCUGUUUUUCCUCUUCCCUCAGGCCAAGCGCGGCCUAACCCCUCUCCGCCUCCUUAAGGUGGCCGCAGAGCCCCUGCGCCUUCUCCUUUCUCGGGUCCUCCCUCCACGCCCUGCCCCGCCAUGAAUGAGGAGUACGACGUGAUUGUGCUAGGCACCGGCCUGACGGAAUGUAUCCUGUCAGGUAUAAUGUCAGUGAAUGGAAAGAAAGUUCUUCACAUGGAUCGAAACCCAUAUUACGGAGGAGAAAGUGCAUCUAUAACACCACUGGAAGAUUUAUACAAAAGAUUUAAAAUACCAGGAGCACCACCAGCGUCAAUGGGGAGAGGAAGAGACUGGAACGUUGACUUAAUUCCCAAGUUCCUUAUGGCUAAUGGUCAGCUGGUUAAGAUGCUGCUUUAUACAGAGGUUACUCGUUACCUGGAUUUCAAAGUGACCGAAGGGAGCUUUGUCUAUAAGGGAGGAAAAAUCUAUAAGGUUCCUUCCACUGAAGCUGAAGCCCUAGCAUCUAGCUUAAUGGGACUAUUUGAAAAACGUCGCUUCAGGAAAUUCCUAGUGUAUGUUGCCAACUUUGAUGAAAAAGAUUCUAGAACUUUUGAGGGCAUUGAUCCUAAGAAGACUUCAAUGCGAGAUGUGUACAAGAAAUUUGAUUUGGGCCAAGACGUGAUAGAUUUUACUGGUCAUGCUCUUGCACUUUACCGAACUGAUGACUACUUAGAUCAACCAUGUUGUGAAACCAUUAAUAGGAUUAAACUUUACAGUGAGUCCUUGGCAAGAUAUGGUAAAAGCCCAUACCUUUAUCCACUCUAUGGCCUUGGAGAAUUGCCACAAGGAUUUGCAAGGCUAAGUGCUAUUUAUGGAGGUACCUACAUGCUCAAUAAACCAAUUGAAGAAAUCAUUGUGCAGAAUGGAAAAGUUAUUGGUGUAAAAUCUGAAGGAGAGAUUGCUCGCUGUAAACAGCUCAUUUGUGACCCCAGCUAUGUCAAGGAUCGGGUAGAAAAAGUGGGCCAGGUAAUCCGUGUCAUCUGCAUCCUCAACCACCCCAUCAAGAAUACCAAUGAUGCCAACUCCUGCCAGAUUAUCAUUCCUCAGAACCAAGUCAGUCGAAAAUCAGAUAUCUACGUUUGCAUGAUCUCCUUUGCACACAAUGUGGCAGCACAAGGGAAAUACAUUGCCAUAGUCAGUACAACUGUGGAAACCAAGGAACCUGAGAAGGAAAUUAGACCAGCUUUGGAGCUCUUGGAACCAAUUGAACAGAAAUUUGUUAGCAUCAGUGAUCUCCUUGUACCGAAAGAUUUGGGGACAGAGAGCCAGAUCUUUAUUUCUCGCACAUAUGAUGCUACAACUCAUUUUGAGACAACCUGUGAUGACAUUAAAGACAUCUAUAAGAGAAUGACAGGAUCAGAGUUUGACUUUGAGGAAAUGAAGCGCAAGAAAAAUGACAUCUACGGGGAAGACUAACAGCAGUUUUUAUGUAACUACAACAAAUUUAAAAAUUGGCAAACAAUGCAUACUGUAUGAAAUCAACAUUGUAUGGCCUACUUUUAUAUAAUCAAAAUGGAGAGUGAAGAGCGCUUUAACAGUAAAUAUUCCUCACCUUCAUCUUUCUAAUAUCAUGUAUUAACUUUUCAUGGAGUGGCUACUCAGAAUUGGCUGGUUACCACAUUCUGUUCAAUUUAACCAAACUGGCUUUUUUUCCCUAGUGAAUGAUCAGUUUUAAACAGAACAUUGUGAUACUGAUACAAAGAAAUUGAUACAGUAUUUGUAUCUUUUAAUCAGUGUAGCUUUUGCAAUUAUUUGCUUCUGCUGCUCAAGAGCUGGGUCCCUAGGAAUUGUGUGCCAUUUGGAUAGUGAAAUACUAAAUUGAUUAUCAUUUGGGACAGCAUCCCUAAGUUUUUCUUGUAAUUUCAUAUUUUUUGUUAUGUCAAGUAUUACGGCAGGGCCCAAAUAACAUAGCCACAUGUUUGGUUUAUGUGGGCAUAAAAUUGUAACCAAGCUCUAGGCUUAGGGAUUCAUUUGGAGAAGCCAGUAGUGUUUUAAACUAAUAAAACGGAUAAGACACAGGGGAAAGGAACCAAUGUCAGAAAGCAGGUAAAAGGUAGAAGCAUCUUUUAUAUCCUAGGCAUGGUUUCUUCAAUGGACCAAGCUGCAAAGCAGUAUUGAUUUGACAGAGCCUCUCCUCAAUGAUGUCUGUCUCAGAAUGGCUCCAAAUGAUUUCUGUACUGCAAAAUAAAGCCAAACUCUGGAAACCA